AAAACUUUCGGCAGCGUAGUACUUGAGACGCUGUUUGUUAUGAGAAAAAUUCUGGGAAAACGCUUUCUGUUGAAGUAAGAAUCUAAUGGCAGAACCAAUCGUCAACAAAGAAGAAGAAGAAGAAGAAGAAGCAGAGCGUACAAUCGGAACGGAAUGUUCAUCAGAGAGAAUGAGCCGGAAGGAGAAGAGGAAGGCGAAGAAGAAGAUGAUGAGGAAGCAGAUGAGGAAGGAGAUGGCGGAGAAGGAGCGGGAGGAGGAGGAGGCGAGGUUGAGGGAUCCGGAGGAGCAGAGGAGGCUGAGGAUGAUUGAUGACGAGGAGAAGGAGAGGGUGGAGAGGGCGAGGAGGGAGUUCGAGGAGCGAGAGAGGGCGUGGAUCGAAGCCAUGGAGAGGAAGAAGAAAGAGAAGGAAGAAGAAGAGGAGCAAGAGCGAAGGAAGGCUCUGGAAGAAGAAGAGGAAGAGUCGAAGAGACUACAGGUUGAGACCGAGACUGAGCUCGGUGAAGGUGAUGAUUGGGAAUAUGUAGAAGAAGGACCUGCGGAGAUUAUCUGGCAAGGAAAUGAAAUAACCGUCAAGAAGAAAAAGGUCAGGGUUCCAAAGAGAGGCGCCAACCAGCAAAGUGGGAAAGAGAAUGCCGAUCGGCCUACGUCGAAUCCUCUUCCUCCACAGUCUGAAGCUUUUGCUAAUUAUAAGAAUGUGUCAGUAGCACCGGCGGAACAGAUUGUCGAGAAUGCCACUCAACAAGUUCCAAAUUUUGGAACUGAACAGGAUAAAGCUCAUUGUCCUUUCCAUUUAAAAACUGGAGCUUGUCGGUUUGGUCUGCGUUGCAGCAGAGUUCAUUUUUACCCUGAGAAAUCAUGCACGCUGCUUAUCAGAAACAUGUACAACGGUCCUGGCCUUGCUUGGGAGCAAGAUGAGGGGCUUGAGUUCACAGAUGAAGAGGUUGAACGUAGUUAUGAAGAAUUUUACGAGGAUGUGCACACUGAGUUCUUGAAGUUUGGAGAAAUUGUGAACUUUAAGGUGUGUAGAAAUGGCUCAUUCCACUUGCGGGGAAAUGUUUACGUACAGUAUAAGUCACUGGAUUCAGCUGUUCUUGUUUAUCAUUCUAUUAAUGGUCGGUACUUUGCUGGCAAACAGGUAAGAUGUGAAUUUGUGAAUGUGACCAGAUGGAAGGUUGCCAUAUGUGGGGAGUAUAUGAAGUCGAGGUUCAAGACCUGUUCUCAUGGAACUGCUUGCAAUUUUAUUCACUGUUUCCGUAAUCCUGGUGGAGACUAUGAAUGGGCUGAUUUUGAUAAACCACCCCCGAAAUAUUGGGUGAAAAAGAUGGCUGCUUUAUUUGGUUAUUCUGAUGAAGCUGGGUACGAGAAACAGGUGGAGCAAGAAAAUCUAGGGCAGCGAAGGUACUCUAGCAAGAUGAGUACUGAUGACAGGUGUCGCUCAAGAAGAUCUAGAUCCAAAGAGAUGGACUACUUGAAUAGUGGUGGUUAUAGUACAAGAAAUUACAGUGAGAAUGAAGUUCAAAAGAGCACACAGUGGAGGUCGCAUGCAAUUGAUGACAGAAAGCGAAUAAAAGUUCUUGAUGAGAACAUGUCUGAAGAGAAUGCAGGCUUAAAAGACAGUUAUCACAGGAAGAGCAGAACUCGUGAUAGAGAUUCUGAUGGUGAAUGGUUGGACAAGGAUGGAGGCGGAGACAGAUACAGAGAUACACACCAUCGUAGUGCAAGGAAAAGCUCCAGACACCAGAACAAUGGUGGCAAGCACAGAACAGAUGAAGCUGAGUCUGAGGGGGACUGGUCGGAUGAGAGUGAAGAUAGAGAAACUCACAAUGGCCACGCUAGGAAAAGGUCAAGACACAGCAGAAAAGCUAAAUUUCUUGACCAAGAAAAAGUUGGUGGAGAUUGGUCAGAUAGAGAAGGAGACCGAGAAACACGCCAUGCUCACAUGACCAAAAUUUCAAAAUGUGAGAGGAAAGUGGGACAUUCAGAUGAUCAUGAGGACAGCAAGAACAGAACUCAUGAUACAGAUGGAGAGCGGUCAGAUAGAGACAGGGACAGAGACAGGCCCCAUAAGAAAAGGAGGAAAAGUUCAAGGUACCAGAGGAAAGUGGGAGAUUCAGAUGAUCAUGGGAACAGCAAGAGCAGAAGUCAUGAUCCUGAAGGAGAGUGGUCAGGUAGGGACAGCAACAGAGACAGAUACCAUAGUAGAAGGAGGAAAAGCUCAGGACAGGACAGAAAAGUUUCUGAAUCCUCAGAUGAUCAUGGCAUUCGUAAAAGCAGGGCUGACGAUACCAAUAUUAGUUAUGAUGGGUCGGGCAGUGAUGGAGAAAAGCACCGUAGUCAAACAAGGAAACAUAAUGCACGCCGGAAUGAAGUGUCGGAAUUCUCAGAUGAUGAAGAGGAACCAGCUAAAAAGUUGAGAGAUAAAUUUCACAGUAGGGAAUCCAGCAUAGAUAAAUCUGAUCUAGAAAGAGGCUCAAGGUAUAGUCGGUCAAGAAGAAUGGAUCAUUUCAGCAGAAAUGAGAAUUUGAAAUCAGAGGGGAGUCACGAGUCCAGCAGUUCAGGUCAAUAUUUUGGGAGAUACGAACCACAUGAUCUAGAUUCAAGAUACAACUCUGACAAAUAUAAUGACGAACCGGAACCGGACCGUUCAGAACCUGAUUAAGUGUCGUCACUCUGAGCAUUACCAGCAACAUAGAACGCAAAUGUAUAGUUAUGAGUCUAGCACACCGAGUUGAUACAAUGGAAGGGUAAAUGAUGAUAGGAAACAAAAAUUACCCUCAUUUUGUGAGUCUUGACAAAUGUACGGACAAUUAGGAUUACAGUCACAUAGGAUGAUAGUCUUAACCUUUUAUGUUGCAUAUAAUUUUCUUGUGAGUUUGCAGUCUGUUUCUUGCAUUCUCCCAUAUUCAGGGGCUUUGAGUUGUUUAUAUUGUGGUGCUUAUUAAGUAGCAAUUGAA